UAUAACUUGUAGGGGAUCUACGGUAAGCAUGGCCACAGCUGCCUCGAAUCCCUACAGCAUUAUCAACUCCAACUCCAUGGUUCAUGCAGACGCCUCGGUCAUGCAACAAGGGAGUACUUUCAGGAAUCACCAGAAACUUCUCCAAAGUGAUUAUCUACAGGGAGUCCAAAGCAAUGGACACCCACUUGGACAUCAGUGGGUGACCAGCGUGUCGGAGGGAAGCCCUUGGUCAUCCUCGCUGGCGACCAAUGCUCUGGAGCAGCAGGACGUGAAGCCGGGACGGGAAGAUCUCCAACUCGGGGCGAUCAUUCAUCACAGGUCGCCUCAUGUCGCCCACCAUUCGCCCCAUACAAAUCAUCCAGGUGCAUGGGGGACACCCGUGUCUCAUAACUCAUCCAUAAACACCGGCGGACAACCUAUCAACAUCUACUCGCAAACGGGCUUCACGGUCAAUGGCAUGCUGGAGCAUGGCGGGCUCACGCCACCACCAAACUCCGCGCAGAACCAGAGUUUGCACCCAGGACUGCGAGACACGCCGGACCACGGCGAUAUGGGGGGGCAUCAUUGCCACGACCACUCCGACGAGGAGACGCCGACAUCGGACGAGCUGGAGCAGUUCGCUAAGCAGUUCAAACAAAGGCGGAUCAAACUGGGCUUCACCCAGGCAGAUGUGGGGCUUGCGCUGGGUACACUAUAUGGCAAUGUUUUCUCGCAGACGACCAUCUGCAGGUUUGAAGCCCUGCAGCUCAGUUUUAAGAAUAUGUGUAAACUAAAACCCUUGCUGAACAAGUGGCUGGAGGAGGCAGACUCGUCCACGGGCAGUCCAAGCAGCAUUGACAAAAUCGCCGCACAGGGCAGGAAACGAAAGAAACGGACCUCGAUCGAGGUGAGCGUAAAAGGGGUACUGGAGACACAUUUUCUAAAAUGCCCCAAACCAGCGGCUCAGGAGAUAUCCUCUUUGGCUGACAGCCUACAGCUCGAGAAGGAGGUGGUUCGUGUGUGGUUUUGUAACAGAAGACAAAAAGAGAAGAGAAUGACUCCACCGGGAGAGCAGCAAUCUCACGAGGUUUAUUCUCACGGCGUUACAGACAACUCCUCGUGCCGUGAUCUCUGACCAAGGAAGACUUCAUCGCAAAAAUGGAGACCUAUGGGCUUUUUUGAAUGAUGGGUUUGGUUUCUCAUCGCAGACCAUUUUUUUCUGGUUGUACUAUAAAUGAAAAAAUGCAGAAGUCACUGAGACAGACAGAGCGAGAGCAAGAAGAAAAAGAGAGAAGAAAAAAAACAAGAACAGUUCCAACUGUUUCUGCUAUUUCAUCCCCUCGCGUAUAUCUUCAGUACUUUGGGCAUUAUCUCAAAAUGUUUUAUUUGAAAUCACAAAUGGAACAAGUUAUUUACCAAAAUGUUUUUGUAUUACAGCAAGGAUAUGAAUACAAAAUUUGUGCCUAUCUAUAACCUCCCAGCGCCUUGGUUUUCAAAUCACAAUUAUACAUCAGGUUUAUUCAGUAAUAAUUUCUGACAGAACACAAUGUAAACCAUUUUAGUUAACGGUUUAUGUUUUUGUUGUUGAGUGCUGCUUAGCCUCUUGAUUACGUAAUGAGUAACAGAUAGAGAAGCAAGCAGUCGAAGUAUGAUUUAUUGAUAUGUUUAAUUUUGGUUGACAUUUUUUUUGCCGCGCCGAUUGUAUGAGAAAUUAUACGGCAAUGCUUUAUAGCAAUACGCAGCCAUCUUUAGCCACGCUCAGAGACCGUCGGGAGGAGCUAUAGGUCACCUUCUAGUGGCUUUUUAAAGGCUUUCUUUUACAAGAAAAUUGUAUCAUCCGUUUGUUAUUGUCUUAGUCUUCAACCAGAAUCUUGUCAAUGUCGGUACUAUGUUUUUAUUUUAUUUUACUGAUGUAGGCCUACAUUACAACAGGAGCAAAGCACUUCGAAACUUAGACCAUCAUCCUCUUUUCUUUUACGCGAAAAUAUAUGUCAGAAACAAAGCAACGUACGGCCUAAAGUUAUAAUAUUUUAUGGUUCUACAGGUGAAACACGAUUACUUUGAUUUGUCAUAUCAUCGACCACGUUACUGUGUGAAAUAUCGGGCACUAAAAAUGGAACCGUUAGAUAAUUGCCAGUGACACGCGUUGCGAUACACUAUAGCCUAUAAUUAUUUUACUGUACACCUUCAAUAUCUAAAGUUUUAUAAUCUUAAAUACUCCUGUUAUUGGUUUAUUUCUUAAAUAUUUUUUUCGAAUACUGUACAGUUUUGUAUAUUACAACCUUUUUGAAGUCAUUAAUUUAAACAAAUACUGUUUAGUUAUUCAUGCACUUAGUGAUGUACAAAGGAUAUUUUCAUUAAAAUUUGACGUUUUCGGCCGUUUUAAUCCAAAUUCAAUGACAG